CUCGCCAUACAUUUGAACGCUGGUACGGCGCUGUGUCUCCAUCCCAUCCUGACUGAAAGCCGCUCAAACGGUAAAGUUUUUGUGGUCAUCUGGGUGAAUAUCAGCUGCAUCCACUAGAAGACGUUUAACUAGCCUGCCAUACACACUCUGACGGAAUGGAACUGAAUGACGCAAACUUACACUCUCUGACCGAAUACCUCGGGAAAACGCUGAAUCCAGACCCAGCUGUCAGACGCCCAGCUGAAAAGUUUCUUGAGUCUGUUGAAGGGAACCAAAACUAUCCAUUAUUACUCCUGACUUUAUUGGAGAAAUCACAGGACAACGUCAUUCGCGUCUGUGCUGCCGUCACAUUCAAGAACUACAUCAAAAGAAACUGGCGAAUUGUCGAGGACGAACCGAACAGAAUAUCCGAUCAAGAUCGGACAGCGAUAAAAGCCAACAUUGUAAAUCUGAUGCUCAGCAGUCCAGAGCAGAUCCAAAAGCAGUUAAGUGAUGCCAUCAGCAUAAUAGGACGAGAAGACUUUCCCCAAAAGUGGCCCGAGCUUCUGACGGAGAUGGUAACCCGCUUCCGAAGCGGAGACUUUCACAUCAUCAACGGAGUCCUUCGCACUGCCCAUUCUCUUUUUAAGAGAUACCGCCAUGAGUUCAAAUCCAAUGAGCUGUGGACUGAAAUCAAACUGGUUCUCGAUACAUUUGCUUCACCACUGACAGAGCUGUUUAAAGCAACCAUUGAGUUGUGCCAGACUCAUGCAUCUGAUGUCGACGCCUUGAAGGUGCUUUUCUCCUCGCUCACUCUCAUCUGCAAGCUCUUCUACAGUCUCAACUUCCAGGAUCUACCUGAGUUUUUUGAAGACAACAUGGAAACAUGGAUGACCAAUUUCCAUGGCCUACUGACAUUAGAUAAUAAACUUCUACAAACAGAUGAUGAAGAGGAGGCUGGUCUGCUGGAGUUGCUCAAAUCUCAAAUCUGUGAUAACGCAGCGCUUUAUGCUCAGAAGUACGACGAGGAGUUUCAGCCGUACCUUCCCCGUUUUGUCACAGCUAUCUGGAACCUUUUAGUCUCCACAGGUCAAGAAGUGAAAUACGACUUGCUUGUUAGCAAUGCCAUCCAGUUUUUGGCAUCAGUUUGUGAAAGGCCUCAUUACAAGAAUCUGUUUGAGGACCAGAAUAUUCUCACCAGCAUUUGUGAGAAGGUCAUCGUGCCAAACAUGGAGUUCAGGAGUGCAGACGAGGAGGCUUUUGAAGACAACUCUGAGGAAUAUAUUCGACGAGACCUUGAAGGAUCUGACAUCGACACUCGACGAAGAGCAGCCUGUGACUUGGUCAGAGGUCUUUGUAAAUUCUUCGAGGGCCCAGUCACAGCCAUCUUCUCUGGUUACGUGAACUCAAUGUUGGUUGAAUUUUCAAAGAAUCCUAGAGAGAACUGGAAGCACAAAGACGCUGCUAUUUACUUGGUGACGUCGUUGGCCUCAAAAGCACAGACCCAGAAGCACGGAAUCACUCAGGCCAACGAGUUGGUGAAUGUGACAGAGUUCUUUGUGAACCACAUUCUUCCAGAUCUGAAGAGUCCUAAUGUCAAUGAGUUCCCUGUGUUGAAGGCUGAUGCCAUCAAGUACGUAAUGAUCUUCAGGAGCCAGCUUCCAAAGGAGCAGGUCCUCCAUGCUGUUCCCCUCCUGAUAAGCCACCUGCAGGCAGACAGCAUAGUGGAGCACACGUAUGCCGCACAUGCUCUGGAGAGACUCUUCACAAUGAAGGGGCCCAACAACACGACGCUCAUCUCGGCUGCGGAGAUCGCACCCGUGACUGAACAGCUGCUCACGAACCUUUUCAAGGCGCUCACGCUUCCUGGUUCUUCAGAGAAUGAAUACAUCAUGAAAGCCAUCAUGCGCAGCUUCUCUCUGCUGCAGGAAGCCAUCGUUCCCUACAUUCCCACUCUGAUUGGACAACUUACUCACAAGCUCCUCUUGGUCAGCAAGAACCCCAGCAAACCCCAUUUCAACCACUACCUGUUUGAGUCGCUGUGCCUGUCCGUUCGAAUCACCUGCAAAGCUAACCCCGCCACAGUUGGGAGCUUCGAGGAAGCUCUUUUCCCUGUGUUCACUGAAAUUCUUCAGAACGAUUGCCAGGAGUUUCUCCCGUACGUCUUCCAGGUCAUGUCUCUCCUCCUGGAGAUCCAUUCUGACUCCAUUCCCGCGGCCUACAUGGCUUUGUUCCCACACCUGCUGCAGCCGGUGCUGUGGGAGCGGACAGGAAACAUCCCCCCGCUGGUCCGUCUGCUGCAGGCCUACCUGGAGAAGGGAGGCGCCACUAUUGCCAGCACUGCAGCUGAUAAAAUACCUGGUUUGCUUGGAGUGUUCCAGAAGCUCAUCGCCUCAAAGGCCAACGACCACCAAGGAUUUUAUCUGCUCAACAGCAUCAUCGAGUUCAUGCCUCCGGAAUCGAUCACUCAGUACAGGAAACAGAUCUUCAUUUUGUUCUUCCAGAGACUCCAGAACUCCAAAACCACAAAGUUCAUCAAGAGUUUUUUGGUGUUUGUCAACCUGUACUGUGUCAAGUACGGAGCGAUCGCACUUCAGGAGAUAUUCGACAGCAUCCAACCAAAGAUGUUCGGAAUGGUUCUGGAGAAAAUAGUGAUUCCCGAGGUUCAGAAAGUAUCCGGCACCAUCGAGAAGAAGAUCUGUGCUGUCGGCAUCACCAAAAUCCUCACCGAGUGCCCUGCCAUGAUGGACACGGAGUACACCAAACUCUGGACUCCGCUACUGCAGUCCCUCAUCGGCCUGUUUGAGUUGCCUGAAGACGACAGCAUCCCCGAGGACGAGCACUUCAUUGACAUUGAGGACACCCCAGGAUACCAGACCGCCUUCUCUCAGCUGGCCUUCGCCGGGAAGAAGGAGCGCGACCCCAUCGGGGAGGCCGUCUCCAACCCCAAGAUCCUGCUGGCCCAGUCCCUCUCUAAGCUCUCCACUGCCUGCCCUGGGAGGGUCCCCUCGAUGCUCAGCACCAGUCUGAACGCGGAGGCGCUCCAGUUCCUGCAGGGUUACCUUCAGGUGGCCAGCGUGCAGUUGGUCUGAUGUCACAUGCUUCUGUCUCAAUACACGUCUGUACAUUUGGGCCUGCAGUGUCAGAAUUCCUUCCCCCACAACUCCAGAUCAUGAUGGAGGGAAGCUUUUUUAAAAGUGGUUUUAAGGACGUAACCAUGACAACUGGGUCCGUUUGGCUUCACACUGACUGGUGGUGUCAUCAUCUUAGUCAUCAGCGCUUACGGAGGACGCGACUUCAAAAGACGAGUUACUCCAAUACUUUGGUUUGUCUUUGUUGGGGAUUCCUUUUUACACUGACAGAUGUUUCCAUGACGCUUGGUAUUUCUUUCUGCUGCACGUUUUCUGUAGUUUUGUUUUAGUCCGUAUCUGCACUGUUUGUUAUUGUGAAUAAAAAGAGGCACUUGUAUAA